AUGGACGUAAAGAGCGGUCAAACAGAGAAAUAUAGUUUCAAAGAUUUGGUGACAAUUGUUAUCCCAUUUGAAGACAAUAAUGAAGACACACUUUUAGUGAGUCUAAGGAAUAAAGUGAUGAAAGUGGACAUAAAGGCUAACACAAGACAAGUGUUGGCAUCGAUUGCACCCCAACUCGAAGGCAAAGAGCGAUUCAAUGACGGAAAGGUUGACGCGAAGGGCCGGCUAUGGAUCGGCAGUGUAUUGGACGGAUCCGAUGGAGCGGUUCCCCAAAAAGGGAGUCUUUAUAAACUAAAUGGCAAUCAUUUUAUCAAAAUGUCUGAAGAUUUUACGCUUUCUAACGGAAUGUCUUGGAAUCUAAACAAUACUAAAAUGUAUUUCAAUGACUCGGGAGAUCAGAAAAUUUACAUCUUUGAUUUUGAUCUCGAAAACGGCUUAAUUAACGGUAUGACUACCGAUAAAAGUGGAAGACUUUGGGUCUCAUUAUAUGGCGGCGGAAGAGUUGUUCAAAUCAACGAAGAAACUGGGAAUGUGGAGAACUUUGUGACAAUACCAGCCCUAUUGACCACUUCUAUUACAUUCGGUGGUCAACACUUGGAUCAGAUGUAUGUGACCACAGGAAAUGAUGGCCAGGAUAUGACUCAAUACCCAAACGCUGGCAAAAUAUUUCGCGUCACCUCUUCUGAUGCCAGCUUUAAAGCCGCGCCAAUUGAGACACACUUUCGACCAGAAAAUCAAUGA